CCGUCUUGUCUGUCUUUCUGUCAACGGACACGUAGCACAAUCUCCCAAUGGCUCAAGCUGCGACGGCCUACUGCCUCUCUCACACUGGCCCAAUGACAGAAAAAGAAAAGGAGCAGCACCACCGAGUCGCGGAUUGGCGUGAGUGGUCCCAGUGCCUCCUCUGCCACGCGGCGAUCCGACACGAGAGCAAGUCCGCUCCACUCGUGUGACAUCACCGCAAGGCAUUGGAGACACUUGGGCCAUACGCACCAUGGCUGGCUGACUUAGAUGGAGAAGAUGGAUAGACCGUUGUGUCACUCACCACUAUACGUACAUACGGAGGCCACGCAGCGCAUCGCAUGCAUCGUAAGCACAAGUACCGACCGCAGCAGCAUGAGACCAGCCAACGAAUCCACGCAUCUCCAGCUUUCAUCCCUCAAGUGAUGAACGAACGGUAGAGCGUUGGGUGCGCACAAUCGAUUUCAACCAGACAGCGAGCACCACAUCCUGCCAUACAAUCGGGGGGAUCCUGGCUACUUCGCGUACGAAAAAAGUGACACGCUCACUGACCUGCCUCUCUCUCUGUUCCCUCAGUCCCUGUAGCACCAACCACAGCGCAUACAAGACCUACAGUACACACGAUGCAACGCCCCGGUUCACUUGCCCCCUGCAGCGGCCGCCGCCGCAGCAGCAGCAGCAGGUGGUGGUGUCUGCUGGCUGCCUGAGGAUCUUCCCGCAACUCGCUGGGUGAAGUCGACGCACGGGGUGCAUGUGCGGGACAUGGCGGCCACGAUUGGAUUCUCGCUUGACACCUUGAGGAAAGCACAGUUACGAUAAAACCUGCACAACACGGCCAGAGGGAGAGGCCAUGGGCAGAUCGUCUUGCGCUUGCUCGCCCGUCCCCCUUCCCUCCCCUGCUCUUGCCUUACCCACCUUUUCCUGUCGUGAGCUUUCUCGUCCUUCGGUGGCCUCGUGGACGCAGCCGUGCUGGACCGAAUGGACGGCUGCAUCCCUGGCGAGAGGGGAGGCUUCUCAACCGUCUCCUCCUUGAGGCUUGUGCGGCCCUUGGGCGACAUGGUCAGAUUGGGAGCGUCCUCUUCUUCCUGCCUGGCUUGAUCUGCGGUCUUGGGUGAAGGUCGCGGGGAGGUAGAUGCGGAAUUGGUCGGUGUGGAGCCGAAGAAGCGCUUGAACAUUAACACGAAGUCACUCUCUAGGCUCACAGAAGACAUUCAGAGCCCCAUCAACUCAUA